AUGACUGAUUUUAUGAAUCCAAUAGACAAAGAAUAUAUUAAUUCACUGUUCCCUGCUUAUUUAUUGAAACAACCUAUUGGUUAUGAUCUUUUAAAUUGUUACUAUAUUAACAAAAAAUUAUUCCAAAAAUUACAUGAAAAAAGGUCACUGGAAUCUACUAUCCAAAAAGAUGAUAUAGAAGAUGAUGCAACACCAAACACUGCAAUUAACAAUAAUAAAAUUAAUUUAAGUGGGUUCCAUCUAAUGUAUAAAAACGGUAAAAAUUCAGAUCAACUAUUAAGUGCUGAUUUGAAAAAAGAUAUCUGGUCUAAUUUAAUGUCUUUAGGUGUAUUAGGUACAAUUCCAUUUGAUUCCGUUAAUGAUGACUACUUAAUUCAAAUCUAUCAAUAUUUUUAUCCAAAUGACGUUCGAGUGACAUUUAACAACAAUAACAACUCUAUUAUUAAUAAUAAUCGUAGUAUUAAUAUUCCUGACAGCCGAAAUAUAUCGUCCACAUCACCGGAAUUUAUAACCACAGAUAUUUAUUCCACUAUAGGUUAUACUCUACCAACAAGAUGGUUAUCUCAGCGUAAUGAUCGUAUAAUAAUAUCUAAUGAUCAAUUUUCUAAACUUAGUAUUAACUCGAAUUGGGAAAGACCUUUAACGAUUGGUUCUAAAGCUACAGUCAGUUCAUUCUCUUACAACAGAAAUAGGUUAAGAAAUACAGCUAUAAAUAUUUCUGGUGAUAACAAUAACAAUAACAAUAAUGAUUCUAAUAAAGAACGUAGAAAUAGAUCUUUGAAUUCUAUGUCUGACUACAUCAUGACUUGGUCAAAUAACACUAUACCAGCUUCUAAGGUAGCAAUUUUCUAUUAUGAAAUUAAAAUAAUAGAUGUGAGUAGUACUGAAAAUGGUAAAAAUUGUAACAUUAUAGUUGGUUUUAAAUAUUCAAAUUAUCCAAAUAACAACAGCAAUAGUAAUAAUAAUAAUCCAGCAAUGAUUGGUUCUACAAAUUUUAAUAAUAACAACAAUUGUAAUAUAUAUGAGCAAUUAAACCCAUCUUUUAUUGUUGGUAGUAAUACUCGUAGUGGUCACACAAUAAGAAAUAGAAAUAGAGAGCGAAGAAGAAGAAGAAAUAGAUUGAGACGAAAUCAAUCAAGUGGAAGAAGAACAAGUUCCACAACAAUAGGAUCAAAUACAACGCCUAGUGGGAUAAAUAUAAAUCGUGAUACCUCAGUAUCUGGAAACAAUCAUGGUAAUGAAAAUGAUACUGACGAUGAUAUUAAUAUGAGUGACAAUAACAACGAUGAUAAUGACGAUAACAGUGAGGAUGAUGGUAAUAGUGGUAGUGAUUAUAACGAUGAUGGUGAUUUGGAUAUUACCACUACUGCACAUCAUCGCAACAAUUCCAAUAUAAGAGCCAGUCUAGAAGCAACUAAUUCUUUCAUUAUAUCCAAUAGCAAACAGUUUCAUGGAAUUGAUGACACAUUCUUUGGGUAUCAUGGAUUUGAUGGUAAAGCUUUUUCAAUAUUGGAAAGUGAAACGUUUGCUAAGCCAUUUGGUAUCAAUGAUGUUAUCGGUUGUGGUAUAAAUUACAUUAAUGGUACAAUAUUCUUUACUAAAAAUGGUAAUUUCUUAGGAACGGCUUUUAGUGAAUUCCAUGAUAUCGACUUAGUUCCAGCUAUUGCACUGAAAGCGGGUAAUUCAAUACAAACAAAUUUUGGUUUAUUUGAAGAAUUCACAUUUGAUAUUUUAGGAUACCAAAAUAAAUGGAAACAAAGAGCAUACGAUCACAUCUUUAAUUCUGUAGAUGUGAAACAUGGUUAUAGCAUAAUUCCAGAAAGUGGUUCGGAUAUUAAUAGCGUAGAUAUAGAUCAAGGUGAAUUACUAUUUUUAUUAGGUAAAGAUAGAAGAAUAUCUGAAAAAGAUGGAUCAAUGUAUAAAAUUCAACCCAAUUAUGUUCCAAUUAACAAAUUGAAUCCAGAAGACGAAUCAAUUUCUCCAACUUUAAAUUGUUUGAUUAAUGGAUAUUUAAUUCAUGAGGGAUUAAUUGAUGUUGCAAAAGGGUUUUUAAAGGAUCUGAAAGAUGAAAUAGAGACGGAAACAGAGCUUGAUCAACAAUCUAAAACAUUGUGUAAUACUAGUAACAACAAUAAUAAUAAUUUUAAUAUAGGAAUACAGAGACAAAUCCUAAAAUAUAAUGAAGAGCAGAUUUUCAAGGAAGAGAAGUUAUUACAUAUAAGGCAAGAACUAAAAAAAUUAAUAAAUUCAAGUGAAAUUGAUAAAUGUAUUGAAUAUAUUAGAACACAGAUUCCAGGCUUCUUAGAAUUUAAUAUAGAGGCCUUAUUUGAGUUGAAACUAGUCAGGUUUUUAAUAAACAUCAAAAAGAACAGUUCAAAUGUUGAGAAUUUAAUACAUGAGGGGCAAUCAUUAAUCGAAGAAUUUGUUUAUCAAAAUCAUGAAAUCCUUAGUAAUAGUAAUAUUAAAAUAAAUAAGGAAUUAAAAGAAAUAUUUCAAUCAAGAAUCAAUUCAGCUGCAUCAUUAUUGGCAUAUAAUUCACCUUUAAUAGAAGCUCCAGAAGAUUUAUUGAUGAUGUUGUCUCGUGAAUUCAUUCAGGAUAGAUUAUUUUUGAUGUUGAAUUCUAAUAUAUUAUUAUAUUUGAACAAAACAGAUGAGUGUGCAUUAGAGAAUAUUGUUGGGUAUACACGUACUAUGUUUUCUACAAUGAGACAAUAUCACCUUGAAGGUGAUCAAAGUUAUAGUAUAGAUCCAGAUCUAAAUUUUCAAAUGCCACAGGAAUAUGAAUAUUUAACAAAAGAGAAAAAGAAUGAAGUAAAUACAAUGGAAAAGAAUAUAGAAAGUAUAAAGAAUAGUACAUGUUUAGAGACACGAUAUUAUAAAAUUAUCAAUUUGGAUGAAGAUAUACUGAGUAUGAAUUAA